CGCUACUCCACAACAAAGCCUCCUGGCACAAAUCGUGCAGAGAUCUGUGUAAUAACACCAAGCUAGGGCGUGCAAAGAAACGAAAAAUAGCUGAUGCUGCAGAAGAGGAAAUAAUAGAUGAAACAGAAGAAUAAAUUCCCUCUGGCCCUGUGAAAGCUAGGAGAUCUAGUGUAGAACGUUAUAAUCCCCAAAGGCAAUGUUUUUUCUGUGACGAAUACGAUAGUUCUGGCAUCUUCAUUCUGCAUUGACCCUAGAUGUUGACAAAAGGGUCAGAGAGUGUGCCGCUGUUCUAAAUGAGAAAAAACUUAUUGCUCAACUGUCUGUUGGUGAUUUAAUUGCCAUGGAGGCAAAGUACCAUGCAAAGUGCUUGGUUGCCUUGUAUAAUAAGGCCAGACUUUUUAAACAAACACAGCAUGAAAAAGGAGAUUUACGCAAAAUUAAAGUUGCGUAAAUCUGUGUAAAGUUCGUUAAGCAACUUUACGCUAGCUUUAUUAUGGUUGUAAAGACGUUUAAAGGUAGAUUUACGUAAUCGGACUUAAAGCUCUCUUAAAGGUAUCGUAAAGCUGAAGAGUCAGAUUUACGGUCACUGUAAAGUUUGCGUAAAGCUAAACUUGCUAGACUGAAAUAAGAGUUGUUGUGAAGCUAGCAACAAUUUGUCUAGACAUAUUAAUGCUGUUUUAGAUUUUACCUAAAGGUUGUGAUAAGCCAUAUAUGAUAGCGCACAGUAUGUGUAUGAUCAAGGUUGCUGUGCACCACGUCAACCCCUCACAGACUCUAGUCAUCGCAUUAGAUCAGCCACUGUUUGCCUUAGCAAAGCAAAUUAAGUAGCCACUUCCCGAGUUCAGUGAAGCACAAUUCGUCAUUAUGCUUGGGGGACUGCACAUAGAGAUGACAUCCCUCAAAAUGGUUGGUAAGUGGCUGAGUGGCAGCGGGUGGGCAAAGGUCAUGUGUAACGCAGGAGUAGCAACGCAAAGGGUAGCAGAGUCAUUUCUGUCGGCAAGCCAUGUAACCCGUACACGACACGCACACCAGGUGACGGCUGCAAGUCUACAUAUUCUGAUGAGUAAAGCCUACAGUGUAUAUCAAGCCAAAUUGCGAGAAAAUGAGCAAGAAAACCUGUUGUCGAAAGAAGAAUGGAAAGAUGGAAUGUCGAAAAAGUCCCCGCAGUUUCAUUACUGGUCAAAAGUGCUCAAUCUGGAGUUGAUCUGUCUUCGGCUGGUGAGAGCUCUCCGAGAAGGUAACUUUUCUUUGUACAUCAACGCCUUACGACAGAUACUGCCAUGGAUGUUUGUGAUGGACCAUUCUAACUACGCCAAGUGGCUUUCUGUGCACUACGCAGACAUGUGUGUACCUCAAUCCACUCAUCCAAGUGUGUACAAAUAUUUCAUCGAUGGCUCUUUUGUAGUACACAAGACCACCAAACUGUUCUCGUCCAUAGCGCUAGAUCGUUGUCACGAGCAGGUUAAUGCCGUCGUUAAAGGAGAAGGAGGCGCAGUUGGCCUUACCGAGAAUCCAGCGGCCCCAAGAAGAUGGAUUGUGGCAGGUCCUGAAAUAUCCAGAAUGGUUCACGAAUUUGAAGGCGGAAACUCUUGGACAGAGGAAAAUGUGACCCAUCACGAGCAGAAGCCGGCGGUCCAGAAUGCUUUCUCCAAAGACGUUCUGAAUACUGUAUCUUCAUAUGAAGAACUUGGAAACCCGUUUUUGGAAGAAGGUGAAAACCUGAUGGCGAUCCAUACUAAGGAUAUCAUGGAUGAUACUGUAGUCAGAACUAUCCGCGAUGCAAGAAAGAUUGGAGAGGAACAAUUCAAUUCGUUUAUUAAAGAGCGAUUCAUUGACAGAAGCAAGCCAGUUACAUACCCGCUUAAGAAGAAUAAUCUCCCUAUAAUGAACACUCCGAACAAGAAGAUCGUUUCGAAAGACAAGGCGAAAGUGGAAGUUUUGAAGGAGGACUGUUCUCUGUUUUCGAGGCUGUACAUAGCCUGUCAAAUCCGGAAUGGAAACUUGGAAGAUUUCUUCAAAUAUGAGAACCAACUAUGGCGCCAUCAUUUUCACAGCCUGGCCAGCUCAGGGGAGGACAUAAGGAAGACUUGCUGA